AUGGACAGGCCAAUGUACCAACCCAGCCCGUUGAGCGUAGUCCCACCCCCCAACCAGGCUCAAGCCGCGCUUUCUGCGCAGCUCGCCAUACUCAACGCCCAGGCGCUCGAGAUAAGCCGUGCCUUCAACGCGCUGUCGUUACCUGCGAAACUUCCCCCGGAAAUUCUCUCAGAGAUCUUCCUCACGCAUGCCGUUCGCGUCCAACAGGCCCAUCUCGACAGUAUCCUGAGUGAUCGCGACUUCGCGGCCAAGGUCCGGUCGUACUACAAAUGGAUCUACGUCGCGCACGUAUGCCGUCACUGGCGGGAGGUCGCACUCUCCUGCGCGGAAUUCAAGGCGUUCGCCGUGUUCGAGUCGUGGACGGUGCCGGAUUACAAGCUUUUCGACUCAGACCUGAAACUCUGGGGGCCAUAUCCGCUCACGGUCGUGUACCACCAAAACGACUGGUUCACUCCCCGCUGCCCACGAUGCCGCGACCCCCGGCACGUCUCUUCGAUCGCACUCGACCGUAUGCGAGGACUCCUAGCCCGGCGCAUCAAGCACCUCGCCAUCAUCAUCGAGAGCGACUUCGGCACGCUUGACUUGUGGAAAAGACUGGCCAGGCGCCCGGCUGAGUCGCUGGAGACGCUGCGUAUUGGACUCCGCGGAGAGGCGUGGACCUACCACACGGCGGAUCGCGCGUCAAUGCUCACUAUCCCCGACGAGCUGUUCGCGUCUAGCACCCCUCGGCUGCGGUCGCUCUCGACAUCCUACGUGAGCUUCAGCUGGACGAACACGCUGCUCUGUCCCUCUCUUCAGCACCUCGAGGUCACGGCCCAUCCAGGGUAUAGCCCUAGCACAGAUUUUGCAGAGUUCAUAUCUGCGCUGACGACUCUUCCCCUUCUCGAGUCGCUCGUCCUUGACUCCCUGCCGGACAUGGGACCAUCCAUAGACGCUGUUGCUCACCUCCCACGUCUCCGUCUCCUACAAGUUACCUCGGUGAUGGAUCGCGUCACGUUUCUACUGUCGCAUCUGCGCCUUCCUCCGUCUACGUCGGUCUCCAUGACCCUUGACAUUCACCAAGUGAACACGCCCACCGCAUUCGGCACGUUCGCACAAGAGGUGUCGAAGCUCUUCAAGGAAACGCCACCCCACACCAUGUCGUGGUCGAUCCCCGAUACCGGAUACGCUGGCGAAUUUCCGCAAAUAAGUGACCAGGGCUCACGUCUCAAGACGUGGGGCAAGACUGUCGCCGCCCCCCAGGACCUGUGGGUCCAGAACCCGGAUAUAGCCCCACGUCUAUCGCUCAAGCUGCGAGGCACGAAGGACGUCAUCCGUUUGUUACACCACGUUCCGCUCACCCGUCUCGAGGCGCUGCACGUCAUCGGCCCGAUGCCCUCGAGCGAACACUGGACGCAACAUUUCGCGGCAGCAUCGGAUCUCCGUCUUUUACGGGUCACCGGGCGCGUUGGGUACCAGCUGGGCACCGCCCUCAGUCGGGUAGUCGACCGUGUGGGCGUGGCCAUGCCCCGCCUGCGCGCGCUCGAGUUCGCCAACGUGCGGUUCCCGCCACCGCUUGACCCCGACGACUAUCAGUACGCCGAAGUGUGCUGCUGCGAUGACUGCGAGUAUUCUCACAACCGUUGGGGCAAACGAGGCAUCGAUGUGCGGGACUUGGUCCGCGGGCUCCGGGGCCGUCGGGCGCAGGGGGCGCAGGACGUCGAGCGGAUCAGCUUCCUGGGCUGUCGAUUUAUGAAGAUGUCGCACAUGCAGCCGUUGCUGAGGGAGAGGUCCACUGUGGUUUUCGAUGGAGUCGUGCUGAACGCGGAGGUCUCGGUGGGUCAUUGA